AUGGCCACCGCCGCCGUCCCCAACGGUCAUGCCACAGCCUCCUCCAUUGCGGCCGAAGAGCGCAGACGGCUUCACCACCAUGGCGACGUCGUGAUCGUUGGCGCAGGAAUCCUGGGGUGUGCCCUCGCUGUCACACUAGGAAGACAAGGACGGAGUGUCAUCCUACUGGAAGCGUCCAUGAAAGAACCCGAUCGCAUCGUGGGUGAACUGUUACAACCGGGCGGUGUCCAGGCCCUCGAACAGCUCGGUCUUCGGGACUGUCUGGAGGGCAUUGAUGCCAUUCCGGCGGAGGGUUACUACGUUUCCUACCUCGGAGAGCCUGUGGUCAUCCCCUACCCCAAACCCUCGCCGUCCUCGCCGGCACCGGAGGGUCGCUCCUUUCACCACGGACGGUUCGUGAUGAAGCUGCGGGAGGCGGUUCUGGCUUGCCCCAACGUUACGGUCGUGGAGACUAAGGCCACCGACCUGGUCACUGACCCGCACACUAAGCAGGUUCUUGGUGUGGAGUGCGUGACCAAGGAGACCCAGGAUUGUUACUUUGGUCAUCUCACGGUAGUCGCCGACGGCUAUGCCUCCAAGUUUCGGAAACAGUAUCACCACCGCGCCCCCAAGGUACGGUCCAGGUUCUGGGGCCUGGAGCUGAUAGACACCAAACUGCCUGUUCGCCACUAUGGACAUGUCUUAUUGAGUGAUACACCACCGAUCCUCCUCUACCAGAUCGGAACGCACGAGACUCGGAUUCUCGUCGAUAUCCCGGAGAACCUCCCCUCCGCCUCGGUGAAGAGCGGUGGCGUCAAAAAUCACCUUCACAAGGUGACUCUUCCUUCCCUCCCUGAAUCUGUCCAGCCCGCUUUCCUCGCAGCCCUGGAAAAGGGCCAGCUGAGGUCCAUGCCGAAUUCCUACCUCCCAGCUGCGCAGAACCAGACUCCGGGGCUGGUCAUACUAGGGGAUGCGUUGAACAUGCGUCAUCCGUUAACCGGCGGAGGCAUGACAGUCGCUUUCAGCGACGUGGUAAUUUUGCGCGAACUAUUGAGUCCCGAAAAUGUCCCCAGUUUCGAGGACACCGACCGAGUCCUACGUCAGCUGUCGUCUUUCCACUGGCAAAGGAAGAAGGGCUCCUCGGUCAUCAACAUCCUGGCCCAGGCUCUCUACUCUCUUUUCGCCGCCGACGGUGAGUGGUUUCCAUCCGCUCCAAUUUCCCUGAACUCCCCAUUUGCUGACAAGUCCCCCCUCUCGCCACAGAUGAACACCUCCGAGCUCUACAACGGGGCUGUUUCCGUUACUUCCAAAUGGGAAGGAUUGAAGGCCCCGUCAGUCUUCUAG